AUGGCACGUUGGUCGUCGCCGACCGCGACCCUGCGAUCGGGUCUCAAGUCGACUUCGCAUGUUUCCUCUCGCCUCCUCUCCGUCUUUGUCUUUUUCCUCGUUCUGGCCACCGCCGUUCUCGCUGCCGACGACACAUCGCUCUUGCCAUCCGCCGCCUCCGAUUCCUUCCCCCAAUGUGGCCUGUCAUGCAACAACCUGAAGCAGGCCCAGACUGGCUGCGUUCCUCCGGCCGCCCCGGCAAACGGCCAUGCGACCUAUGUUUCGUGCUUCUGCCAGUCAAGCCUGCUCUCGAAUCUCCAUAAUACCGGCGACGGUACUUGCGACGACACGUGCUCUAGCGCCUCCGAUCGUUCGUUGCUGCAGAAAUGGUACAGCAACUACUGUUCCUCCGGGGGAAAAACCACGACCGCCUCGUCGACCAAAACAUCUUCCGCCCAAAAGGACUCGGCGACCUCGACGAAUACCGCUAAGGCUAAGGCCCAGAAUGAUGACCCCGCUCCUCCGUCCUGGUGGUCUUCCCAUUACCAGUGGAUCAUUAUGGUAAUCGUCCUUAUCAUCGGUUUUGCCUUCAUCACCGUGCUGGGAGUCUGGCUUAAGCGGCGUCACGAUGCCAAGUAUCCCAGCCUCUACCAUGCCGCCGGCACCGGAAGCACCGACAGUGGCCUGCUUUUCAAUCGUGGGCCAAAUGCAACCCCCAGUCCCGCCCCCGGUCAGCCUGGCGCCCCUCCGGGCGCCUGGGCUGCUAAUCAAGCCCCGGGUCAGGGACAGCCGGCCGGCUAUAUGAACCCGGAUUCGGUCGCUGGCAGUUCUCGCACCGAAGUUGCCGUUCCUCCGAGUCGGCCAAGUCGAACGCCGUCGCGUUUGCAAAAGAGCUCGCAGGCCGCGGACGAGGGUGAUAUCGAAAUCCGCGAAGUCCCUCGGUGA